AUUUUAUUCAUUCUUAACAGGAUUUAAAAAAAAAAAAAAAGAAAAGUAACAUAGGAAAAGUAAUGAUUAAUCCAUUCUGUAAGAAAAAAGAAGAAAUCUGAUUGUGAACUUACUGGUAUUAUCUAACCAGUAUAAAUAGAAGUGCACUCAGAGAAGGCAUAGAAUGACAAACCCAUGAAUUGUUAGGGCAUGUUGAGUUGGUUCUGUCAAUGCCUGCAGUCAGAUGAUUUCACUGGCUGUACAAGAUGAAAUCUCAUAUUUCAAUGUUUAAGUAAAAGUGUCAAAGUUCAGCUGGAGCAGGGACGAAUACAGAACAAAUUUUGUGUGUAUUUGUAACUAGGGCACCAGAGCAAUAGAGGAAGCCAAAAUGAGCCGGAAAAACAAAAGGAGUUUAAAGGAGAAAUUUUCCUUGAAGAACAGCCUGGUUAAAGAAGCCCUCUCAGAGUUCCUGGGAACUUUUAUACUGAUAGCCCUGGGCUGUGGCUGCGUGGGCCAGGCCGUGCUGAGCCGCGGGGCGCACGGCGGGCCCAUGACGGUGUCGGUGGGCUUUGCCAUGGCAGUCACCAUCGCGGUCUACGUGUCCGGGGGCGUUUCUGGUGGUCACAUAAACCCAGCUGUUUCAUUAGCCAUGUGCGUGACUGGAAGAUUAAAAUGGACCAAAUUACCAAUUUACAUAUUAGCACAAUUCCUGGGAGCAUUCGUUGGAGCAGCGGCUGUCUUUGGGAUUUAUUACAAUGCCUUUAUGGAGUACAGUGAUGGAAAACUUGAAGUCACAGGACCAAAUGCAACAGCACAAAUCUUUGCAACAUAUCCAGCUCCCUAUCUGACCCUCGUAAAUGGAUUUGCAGAUCAGGUGAUGUCAACAGCUGUUCUUCUUCUGGCUAUAUUUGCUAUUUUUGACACCAAAAAUAACAGCGUACCCAAGGGCCUGGAGCCAAUUGCAGUAGGACUUCUUAUAAUUGUUCUUACUUGCUCCUUGGGAAUGAACAGUGGCUGUGCCAUGAACCCAGCCAGGGAUCUUGGCCCAAGGCUCUUCACAGCCAUUGCAGGAUGGGGGAUGGAAGUAUUCACGGCUGGUAAUAAUUGGUGGUGGGUUCCUAUAGUUGCACCUCUGCUGGGAGGUGUACUUGGAGCAAUGAUCUAUGUCAUUUUUAUUGAAAUUCAUCACUCGGAUCCUCAGCCAGGAGAAGAAAAUGAUGUGCAUGCUAAAUAUGAAUUGAGCAAUAUGGCAUAAGAAGUGAAGAAUUUUCUCUGUUAUUGUGUUGUGCAGUUUUUAUGCAAAUGGUUGUUUGGACCACUGUAUGAAACCCAUAUGUCUCGACUAGAAACUCACCUUUCAAAGCAGAAAUUCUGUAUAGAAGUUCAAAAGAGAAGACUUUCCAUGAAACAUUGGGCUGAUCACAUUCAAAAUUAGUAUCUUGAGUAUGGGAAGGCUAAAUUGUCCUUUUCAUACGGCUUUUAGGUCAAGUUAUCCUAGAUGCAAUUGUAGUGAGAUGAUGCACUGACCUGUUAAUUCAACUCAUAUGAUCUUAAUCAUGCUGUCUAAUUAACUGAAAAUAGUUAAGAUAUCGAUACAAAACUGCAUGCAUAGCUAGUUAAGGAGUUCAGUGCUGAAUCAAUGUGCAAGAGCAGCGCUCACUUCUUAAGAAUGGCUUGCCUAAACAUUUAAAACAAUAAUCAAAUUGGUUAAAUGGUAAUUGAAACACUUUAAAAUAACUUUACUAAAGUUUAUGGAGCCACUAUUGAUCAGCAAGAAAUCAACUCCUCAGUGAUUAAGUUUAGUAAUUCACAAUAUGAUCAUGAAAGGUAAAAACUGCUUGUUGUAAGCACCAAAGAGACAAAGGGUAACUUCUGCACAGGGUCUUCAUAGCAUUAAUGCUUAGUUAUUUUUAGAUUAUUUACUUGACCUUUAUGCUACCCAAUAUUAAAAGCCUUAUGUAGAAUACUAAUCUGAAUCUCUUCCGCUGUGCUUUCUGGAUACAAUUCAUUCCUGUGGAGAUGGCCCAGCAAGGGGCUGAUGCUGUGCAGAGGUCAGCACAAAGCCUAGGUCUGUAUAAGCUUUAAAGAGUCCUGCUGCUGCUGAUUUAUGUAGGUGGAUUUCAUCGACAUUGUGGGAGCAAUUGUUAAUGUGGGAGCAGUAAUUAAAAUAAGAAACUGGUCUCAGAGCUAGUCCUAGAUCUGAAUUCCCCAAGGAAGUUCUGAUGUGGGGGUUAUCUCUCAUUAAAGAGAAAUGGUUGGACAUAUACCCCUUCCUAAAAAUCUAGCCUUGAAAAUGAAAUUAUUUCUGCUUAGUGAAUGUAUUCAGUUAAAGCAAAGUUUAUUUCUAUUAUGUAUAAUCUCUCCAUGGUGGUGGUGAUCAUGAAUAAACAGACAUCCAAUUCA